AUGGCGAAGAGUGAGCUGAAGGACUACAUGCUCCGCAAUGGAGGCUCUGUGGCACUAGACUGUGUUAAGUGGUCCUAUAAGUUUGACCACCUCCAUGGUGACUCGCAGGGAUGGAGUGAGGCUUCGCUGGAGAUAACAACGAAGGGUGAGCUGAUAAUGGAUGGGGAUGCGGUGAUGAUCCCUAGUCUUCAAAAAUGUGAAGUCCAGCUAUUUCCAGAGCCCCGGGUAUUGAAAGUGAAAAGCUUGGAUCUCAAAUGUGUGUUUAUCAAGACACAACAGUCUGAAUUCGAACCUUUGCUUUCAUGCCUUAUGGUAUGGCAGAAUCUGAAACCACAAGGAUUCUACAACAAGUACUCUUUUAAUAGGUCCAUUGUUCACGACGAAAACCUUCGGACCAAUGACCUGUUGGUUUGCAGAUUUCGAGUUUACGGACCAGCUCCUAAUUACAAGAAAAUCCAGCUCAGUGGAUUGCCAAAAACUCCAUUGUAUCCUUCAGAAGACAAACAAACCGAAGGAUGGUUUACAGCCAUGGGAUAUCUGAAGCAUGACGGAAUUCUGGACUUGCUAUGCGAGAGUGAUGGUGCGCUACUGUACUCUGUCGAUAUUACAAAGCUGUAUUGUUCUGAAAUCAGGCCUCUCCAUCAUUCUCUGUUCCAGCAGCCGAAUAUCCUCUUUGUCGGGCGAAUAAACGAGCUUCGUCGAACGCAUCGGUAUGCAAACGAGAUUGAUAGCGAGGACGAAGCUCCAUUCAUCUUGAAAAACAAUAGGCCUUUCUCAAGUAUCCACCGAAUUCUUAUUCAGUUUGAUUUAGGCAUUGAUCUGAAAGACUGGAUUGUUGCUCUCAAAACUUUUGCGAAGAUCGAGUACAUUGGGAACAGAUUCACUAAGGACCGGAUGAGGCUUGUCAAAAACUACAAGCUGGAGGUUGUUGAAGCCAAAUUCAACAAUCCCUCUCUGGACCAAAAUCUUCAUCUUUAUGUCGAACUGCAUAUGUGGGGAGGGCCAUGGUAUAGAACUGCUAUCGUCAAGAACUCGAACCAGAAUCCAUUUUGGAAGGAGUUGUUUGACCUGGACCCUCCUCCGUCUGCAGAAUUUUUCACGCUCUUGUUGAAGUCAUCUAGCAACAGUUCAGUUUACAAUUUGACUGAGGAAGAUCCGGUGAUUGCAGGAGCUUUCGUAACACCUGACUUUAUGAGUGAACCACAAAUGAUGAAGAAGCUGCCGCUUUACGGCGAACAAAGCCAUGAGAUCGGAUCCGUGACUAUCAAUUUGAGUCUUCGUGAGGUCCAUAUAAUGUCAUACCAUAAUUAUAGAAUGUUUGAAGGAAUGAUGAAAGGCAUUGAUGUGCGCGACCUUUUGCAAUUUGUCAACCCAUUGAUCGAGCCUCAGAAUGUGGACGACUUGUCGCAAAUGCUGCUCGAUAUUUACCAAAGCGUUAAUAUGGAGCACGAAUACUUUGAGCAUCUGAUGUCGUUUGAGCUGGAAAGUCUGAAAAAUUCCGGGUCUAAGCGGCAUUCAACCUCGCUCACUAAUAAUCUCAAUACUUUAUUCCGUGGAAGAUCGCUUCUCUCAACGUCUUUGGAAAAGUAUCAGAUCAGAAUCGGUCAAGAAUAUCUUGAAAAGUUGCUAGGAGAAUUCAUAGGCCAAAUUUGCGCCGAAAAUCUUAUAUGCGAUCCAAACCCGAAAGCCUAUCCAACUACCUAUGAGGAACACUACCAAAAUCUUCUUAACUACGUGGAGGAACUAUGGAAUAGAAUCUAUACCACUACUAACGAUCUUCCUGAAGAACUCAAACAGGAAUGGGGCCGUUUGAGAAGCAAGGUUGAGCAUUCCGUGGAUCCAAGCGAUACGGAAACUCCUCUAAACGCUUUGUGCUCCUUUAUCUUCCUUCGAUUCUUGUGCCCUGCAAUUUUGAAUCCAAAACUAUUUAACUUGUCGAGAAACCACCAGUUGGGUAGAGUUUCUAAGACUCUGACGCUGAUUGCAAAAGUCCUUAUGACGCUUGCAAACAGGUCACAGUUUGCUCCACAUAAAGACCCAGAACUUCUUCGUCUAAAUGAAGAUUUUCUUAGCAAACGGAACGAUGAAUUGCGCUUGUACUGUGACAGAAUAAGCGGACGCAAAAUGGACUUCACGGAGAAGAAACUCGAAAUGACUAAUACCAUGGGAAAACCCUCGCUGGAUGCUUCUGAAGAAAUUUUAAGUGAACUUCCGUCUAGAUCGUACCUUAUUGACAAGUAUUUAAGACUUGCUGAGUUCGCCUCGCUUCUCGAUUCGAAGAAUUCGGAGACUAUAGUUUCAACUGAGUCCAAAAGAAAGUCUGUCAUGAGCGAGCUGAAGCUAGACCUACUGGGGCUGGACGACACAGACUUUGGAUCCAGAGACUUCAUCAAGACAUUGCUGGAAGAUGGAGAUGAUGAGCUCAACCAAUUGAUAUUGGAGAAACAAAGCAUCAACCUGGAAGAUCUAAAGCGCCAGGCGUCGGUUGUGGUAGCGAAAACCAAAGCUCUGGAGCAAGCGAUCUCAGAAACAGAGCUUCCGUCUGAUUUUACGUCGGACUCAUUCAUGGAAUUUGUGAACACCAUCCUAAAGGCCGCUAGAAUUGAUCGGGAUCACUGCCUGGUGUACGAUCUGACCGGAAAUGAAAAUGGUAGCCUGGAAUUAUUCCUCAAGAACCGAAGACAGUCCGCAAACAGCCCUCGCGUGAACUCAAAACACUUGAAAGAGCAAGUCAAUAAGUCUGGGAGCGCCCAAUCAGUUUCCACUCUCCGAAAUAGCGUAUCUUCCGCAAGUCUGUCUUCUCCAAAGAGCACCUUCAAAAAGCUGUUUAAACGCAGGUCUAUAACUUGA